AUGAGUGUCGCUCGACCGGCCAGAUGUCUGUUCUGCAGCUUCUCGCGGACUGCCUCCGCAGUCCCUCGCGUGCCUCGUCGCCAAUUCCACCCUUCUCCGAUGCAGCUCGCCAACCGGAAGCCGAAAUUUCCCAAUGUUAAGGCCGACAAUCUCAGAUCUCUGGACGAUAUUGCUCGGAACGUGAAGCCCGAUGACUUUAAGCCCUACACGGAAGAAGAAAAGGCGCGGCUGCAGGAAGAGUACACGCCGGAGCAGAUUGCCGCGAUCGAGGCAGGUGAAGCGGCCAUCGACCCCAAAGACCUAGCAGAGCAGUUUGCCAUCCGUCGGGAUCCGAUGAAACUGAACUACCUCGAUGAUUUCUCGACCAUCGAACCCGGAGUCGACAAGCACGUCAAGGCUCCCGAAUCCAAUUCCGACUACAACGCCCAGCUGAAGAGCGACGACGACCUCGCGGAGGACUUUGGGAACUUUUUGGCACAACUUCCGAAGGAUCCUACUGCGGCCGACUGGGUACGGUUCGCCGAGACACUGCGGAUGACCAAGGGCAAGGAAGAGAACGAGUUGAACCCCCACAGCGUACUGGUGCCCGAUCUGCUUGCCCCUGGCGAGUCUAUCAGUGGAGAGCGAAAGCAAAUCAACUUCUUCAAGGACGCCGAGGUGAAGGGCAAGGAAUCAGAAGAGAUCACGGAAGCGCUGAAGCGACUCCUCCUGGCGACCGGUUAUGAUCAAAAGGAGGUCAUGGAUUUGAAGGCCAAGUGCCUCGUCUCGCACUCGGUUGUCAACCAGACGCGUCUGGGUAAGGUCCGUCGGCAGUAUUGCUUGUCUGUUGCUGGUAACGGAAAUGGCUUGCUGGGAAUCGGCGAAGCCAAAUCCGAAGAGGCCGGUGAUGCCGUGCUUCAGUCCAAGUACAGAGCCAUCAGAAAUAUGCAGCCUAUUCCGCGAUAUGAGAACAGAACUAUCUUUGGAGACGUUGAGGGCAAGGUGGGAGCCGUGGAGUUGAAGCUGAUGACACGUCCACCUGGUUUUGGCCUCCGGUGCCAACAUUUGAUCUUCGAGAUCUGCCGUGCAUGCGGUAUCCACGAUCUGGCUGCCCGCGUGACCCGCUCGAGAAACCCUAUGAACACGGUCAAGGCCGUUUACGAGGCUCUGAUGAGCCAGCGCAACCCAGAAGACAUCGCUCGUGCCCGGAGCAAGAAGCUGGUCGAUGUGCGCAAAGUCUACUACUCUGGAAGAGCGUAG